UCCGUAGAAAACUUCCACCCGUCCGCCACUACCUUCCAAAAAAGACGAUGGAAAGUUCGGAGCACUGCGGGGCGAUGCUUCCGGCAUAGUCGUCAUUCGUCCUUGCACGUCUCGUCACCCCCGCGGCUUCUUCUGACCUCGCUCUCGCCCCCACGGUCCCCCAUUCGCCCAUGGGGAAAUCCCGACCGACAGUCAACCCGAUGAGGCGGACCUCUCUCCCUUGAUUUUCGAUAUUUCUCGGAAGGAAAGAUGACCCGUCGUCGUCGUCGCCGCCGCCCACUCUUCCCUCCAACGCUGCCUCAGAAACAACGGCGUCGUCCACCACCACAGCUCCCAUACACGCUUUCGCACCCAAGAAAGGUCAGGCAACACGAAAGCUCCCCCCGGAACAAGUCAAAACUCGAGGCCCCCCCUUCCUUUUCUUCACCCGUCAGGCGCAGCCACGACCCGCGACGAAGACCUCCAUUUUUUUAUCCCGCUCCUGAUCGCCGGCUUCGACCCGUCUCUUCUCAAUUCCCCUCUUUACCAUUUCCCCAUAAGAGACGCCCCGAUCUCUCCCCUCCCAUCUCAAGUUUCGAUCUCUCUUUCUCUAUCCCACCAGCUCUUCAAUUACAGCCAAUUGACAUGAGGUUUCUUCAGCUCUUGGCGACGGUGGUGGUGGUUUGCCUGGCCCUCGCGCCGCCCCCGUCGGCUUCGGUCUCGGCCUUUUUCCUCCCCAACAUAUCCUCCAUCCCGCCCUCGCUGCUCCCCAACGUCUCCUCCCCCGCCUGGAACGCCUUCCGGAACUUCUCCGGCUGCCACGCCGGGGAGAGGCGCGACGGCCUCGCUAACCUCAAGAAGUACUUCCGCUACUUCGGCUACAUCCCCGAGACCCCCUCCAACUUCACCGACGACUUCGACGAUGCCCUCGCGUCCGCCAUCAAGACCUACCAGCACAACUUCAACCUCGAGCCCACUGGCCAGCUCGACGACGCCACGCUCACGCAGCUCGUGCGGCCGCGCUGCGGCAACCCCGACAUCGUCAACGGGUCGACGGCCAUGAACUCCGGCAAGGCGGAGUCGCUCAGCGCGACCCACUUCCACGCCGUCGGGCACUACACCUUCUUCCCGGGGACUCCCCGCUGGCCCGACGGUAAGAGUGACCUGACCUACGCGUUCCUGCCGGCCAACCAGCUCUCCGACGACGAGAAGGCCGUGUUCUCGCGCGCCUUCCAGCGGUGGGCGGCAGUGACGCCCCUGACGUUCACGGCGACGGACUCGUACACCGCCGCCGACAUCAAGAUCGGGUUCUUCAGCGGGGACCACGGCGACGGGGAGGCGUUCGACGGGGUGCUGGGGACCCUGGCGCACGCGUUCUCGCCGCCCAGCGGGAGGUUCCACCUGGACCUCGAUGAGAACUGGGUGGCCACCGGGGACGUGACGACGUCGUCGCUGUCGUCGGCGGUCGACCUGGAGUCGGUGGCGGUGCACGAGAUCGGCCACCUCCUCGGGCUCGGGCACUCGUCGGUGGAGGAGUCGAUCAUGUACCCGACCAUCACGUCGCGGACGAAGAAGGUGGAUCUCGCGACGGACGACGUUCAGGGGAUCCAGGUGCUCUACGGCGGCAACCCCAACUACAACGGCUCGUCGUCGACGCCGUCGACUUCGCAGGAGAGAGAGACCAGCGACGGCGGCGAGCCCCGCGCUCCGGGGCCGCGAUGGGCGGGAAGGGCGAUCGUCGCCGUUGGAUUGGGAAUGUUGCUCUUGUGACCGUAGGAUGAGGUUCCCCCCGAGAUUGUUUUAUUAACGUUGAUUUUUUCUUUCGUUUCUUCGGUAGUUAGGAUUGGUGGAUGUCGCUGCCAGAUCUUUUUUUUUCCAUUAUAGCUUCUGCCCAUCAUCGAAUCUGCACCGCAGAUGCAGAAUCGAUGAACGGCUGCGAUGUGUUUAGGAGCAACCCCGUCUUGUCCGUCUGACGAGAGGAUGCUGGGCCCCUCUAUUAAUUGAUUUAGUAUAUAUAUAAUACAAUACUCUCAUAGACUAUUCUUUUUUUGUCA